AUGAGCUCCUACUUUGUGAACCCGCUGUACUCCAAGUACAAGGCGGCGGCCGCGGCGGCGGCAGCGGCGGCGGCGGCGGCGGCGGGCGAGGCCAUCAAUCCCACUUACUACGACUGUCACUUUGCACCCGAUGUCAGCGGCCGCCACGCCGCCGCCGCCGCCGCCGCCGCCCUGCAGCUGUAUAGUAACAGCGCCGCCGGCUUCCAGCAUCACCACCACCACCAUCAUCACCACCAGCCGCCGCAGCAGCCGCAGCAGCAGCAGCAGCCUCACCCGGGACCCGCUAGCGGCGGGGGCGGCGGCGGCGGGGGCCCGGACUAUUACCAUCCCGCCGGGGGGAGUCCGACCUCUGCCUACCAGCCGGCCCCCCCUCCUCCUCCGCAUCCUGCGCCUCCGCCUCCGCCGCCGCCGCCGCCUCCCCCCUGCAGUGGGAUUGCCUGUCACGGGGAGCCCGCUAAGUUUUACGGAUACGAUAACUUACAGAGACAGCCGAUUUUUACGACCCAGCAAGAGGCCGAGCUGGUACAAUAUCCUGACUGUAAAUCGUCCAGUGGUAAUAUUGGCGAGGACCCAGACCACUUAAAUCAGAGCUCGUCUCCUUCUCAAAUGUUUCCCUGGAUGAGACCACAAGCAGCUCCUGGUAGGAGGAGAGGAAGACAAACGUACAGUCGUUUCCAAACGCUAGAGCUGGAAAAGGAAUUCCUUUUUAACCCUUAUCUGACCAGGAAGAGAAGGAUUGAGGUUUCCCACGCUCUAGGACUCACCGAAAGGCAGGUAAAGAUAUGGUUUCAGAACAGGAGAAUGAAAUGGAAAAAAGAGAACAACAAGGACAAAUUUCCAGUUUCCAGGCAGGAGGGGAAGGAAGGGGAAACAAAAAAAGAAGCAGAUGAUCUGGCAGAGGACAGAGCUGAGGGCCAGACAAAUUAACUUAUGCCUUUAAAUUUUUACCGUAGACUAUUAAAAAUAAUGAUCAACAUAUGCUGGUGAAUGCCACCUGUUUUCUUUGUUGUAAAGGAUUCUACCUGUAUUUCAAGCUACCGUAAUGUUACUGCUCUUAAUGUUUCUGUGCUUUGAGAGGUGUUUGGGUUAAAAAAAAAAAUUCAGGCAGAGCAUAGAAACAAUUCAGCUGUAUUUUUUUGUGGAAAUUUGAUACUGACUUUGUAGCAAUAUUUUUAAAUUGUAAUUUUUAAUAUCUAAGCUGGUGGUUUGCCUCAACAACAUAAACUUCCUAAUGAUAAGCACGAAUAGUUGAACCUAAAAUGCUUUAUUAAUCGAAAUAAGUGCACUUGAACAUUUUAAAACUUUUUUUCUUGUGGUGAGUAAAUUAAAAGAAAUCUAUUAGUUUUUUGGAAGAAAUUAUGUCAGCAGAAUAUUUACUUUAUAUUAUUUGAUUAAAAUAAAUGUAAAGUGUUUUAUUUAUGUUUUUUUCCCUUGCCGCUUUUGUAAUGAAUGGCUUUGGUGCCUUUUGUUUACUCCUGAAGAUUCCUUUUUUGGCAUUUUUACAUAUGUAAUAUCUCGGGGAAAAGUUUGGGCCAAAUAUCUUAAAAGCACAAUAUAGCUGCAAAAGUGCGCUCUAUAUAUAGUCUUGGGACUUGCAAAAGCACUUAAGUUUCUGGAAACUGUACCGGUGACGAAAGUUUUACUACAAGUCAAAGUUGACAAUUAAUCUUUUGUUGAAGUCCAUGCAAAUUAUGGUAACUAAAUCAUCUAAUGAAUGAAUACUUGAAAAGCGAAUGAUAUCAUUCUUGAUCACUAUUCACGCCGGGCCAGUUGCAUGGUCAAAUACUCCUUAUUUCUCAACUUUCCUCCUACUUUCAGUUUGAACCGCUGUUGUAAUUUCCUUAAGUCACUUAUGUGUACCGACUCCAUGGUUUUUCUUUGUUUAUAGAGUAGGUGCCAUAUUUAUUUGUAUUACCUGCACUCUGUUCAUGAGAUCAUAUUGAGCCAACUGAAAACUACGUCUCCACUUGUGUUGGCUGGUACGUCUUCAUGUUUCAUCCAUGAAAACAAUGGCUCCACCUAUUUGAAAUGAACACUGUGAGCAAACAUCUAAAAUGCUUGUGUAACAGCCGCUAACAGAACAUAUCUAUCCCUUCAAUAAAAACAAA